UGUGAAGUCAAUGAGGCACAAAGUGUUUGCAAUAACUAAAUUUCCAACUUCACCUGCAUGUCUAGUAGUAGUAGAAAAAGAUGCUAUACACAGCAUCAUCGCUUUACAUGUAGAGUAGUAGGAAGAGAGAGAGAAGAAAAGUGAUUAAGCAAUUAAUUAAGUAUUUGGAGUUCAACAAUAAAUCGUAUCGUAGCAGCGUAGGAGCAUAUUUGUAAGAGGUUCCGUCUUUGGUGAGCUGUGUAUGUCCUUCAACCAUAUUUCUUUUUUUAUAUUCCAUCCAUCCACAUGGCCUUCUGUCCCAUCGCAAUAAAUCCCCGUUACACCUUUCCCUCCUCUUUCUCCCUCCGUCAGCAAUGUGGGAUUACUCUGUAAAAUCAUGACUCUCUUCUGUCAACCUCUCAUAAUCUCACUGCUUCUUCUCCUCGCUGUUAACCACUGUUCUGGACUCACUAGAGACGGCGUUCUCUUGCUUUCUUUCAAGUACGCUGUGCUCAACGACCCUCUUUACGUCCUCGCAAACUGGAACUACACUGACCAGACACCGUGUUCGUGGAACGGCGUUUCUUGUUCCACCGUACCAGCCACCAACGGUACCGAGUACCGCGUCACAUCCUUGUCGCUUCCCAAUUCUCAGCUUUUCGGUUCGAUUCCCUCCGAUCUGGGUUCCAUUGAACAUCUUCAAGUUCUGGACCUUUCCAACAACUCCCUCAACGGCUCUCUUCCCUCUUCGCUGUCCCAAUCCUCCCAGCUUAGGUUCCUCAAUCUCUCUAACAAUUUAAUAUCUGGGGAGGUUCCGGAGUCCAUCACCCAGCUUCAGAAUCUCCAAUGCCUAAACCUCUCCGACAAUGCUUUGGCGGGAAAACUGCCUCACGAUUUGUCCAACAUGCACAACCUAACUCUCGCUUCCUUCAAGAACAACUACUUGGUUGGUUUUCUUCCCAGCGGCUUGAGAACGUUGCAGGUUUUGGAUCUGUCUUCAAACCUUUUCAACGGGACUCUUCCCGCGGAUUUCGGCGGAGACGCCAUGCGUUACCUAAACAUCUCCUACAACAGAUUUUUCGGUGAAAUCCCGAAGGAGUUCGCAGCAAACAUUCCGGGGAACGCCACCGUCGACCUCUCGUUCAACAACCUCACAGGCCAAGUUCCCGAAUCCGCCGUGUUUUUGAAUCAGAACUGGAAAUCGUUCUCCGGUAACGUCAACCUGUGUGGAGAACAGACGAAGAAUGUGUGCCCUGUUCCUUCUUCGUCGUCCUCCAACCCGAAAGUUUCUGCUCCUAUAUCUCCUCCAGCAAUCGCGGCAAUCCCGCGGACCUUUGAUUCUUCGGCAGCGCCGAAGGGGAAAAAAGGGAGUGGUCUGAAACGAGGAACGAUUAUAGGAAUCGUUGUGGGAGACGUAAUUGGGAUAGCGAUUCUGGGCAUGAUAUUCGCGCAGGUGUAUCGGUUGAAGAAAAAGAAGGAGGUGGUGAAGAAGGAGGCGGUUGUGAGGAGUGGGAGUGGCAGUGAGAGUGAGAGUUCGUGGGAGUCUAGAAGGUUUAUGAGGUGGUCGUGUUUGAGUAAGAGAGCGGAAGAGGAAGAGUGUUCGGAGACAAGAAGCAGUUGUGAUAGCGAGGUGGAGGGGCAGAAGCAGAAGGGUCCUCAACAGGAGGAGAAAACGGGGACUCUUGUGAUCGUGGACGGUGAACGACAGCUUGAACUGGAAACGCUGCUGAAGGCUUCUGUGUACAUAUUGGGUGCGACAGGGUCCAGCAUAAUGUACAAGGCUGUCUUGGAAGAUGGUAUGUCCUUGGCGGUUCGGAGAAUCGGGGAGAGCGGUGUGGAGCGGUUCAAGGACUUCCAGAACCAGGUUCGACUUAUUGCUAAACUGGUGCACCCUAAUCUGGUUCGCAUUCGAGGCUUCUACUGGGGACACGAUGAGAAGCUCAUCAUCUAUGAUUUCGUUCCAAACGGUUGUCUUGCCAAUGUUCGUUACAGGAAGGUGGGCACCUCGCCGACUCAUUUACCGUGGGAAAUCAGGUUGAAGAUAGCGAAAGGGGUGGCACGUGGGCUCACUUAUCUCCACGAGAAGAAACACGUGCAUGGAAACUUGAAGCCUAGCAAUAUUCUGCUGGGCAAUGACAUGGAGCCCAAGAUUGGAGACUUUGGGCUUGAGAGAAUAGUCACCGGUGACACCAGUUAUAAGGCUGGCGGAUCGGCGCGUAUUUUUGGGAGCAAGAGAUCCACGGCCUCGCGGGACAGUUUUCAGGACAUUACCUAUGGGCCAAGCCCGAGCCCGAGCCCGAGCCCUAGCUCCAUGAUGGGCUUAUCUCCUUACCAUGCUCCUGAGUCGCUGAGGAACCUGAAGCCUCACCCCAAGUGGGACGUGUACUCUUUUGGGGUAAUGUUUCUUGAGCUUCUAACGGGGAAGAUUGUGGUCUUGGAUGAUAUGGGCCAAGGGCCUGGGGUUUUGACGGAGGAUAAGAACCGGGCCUUGCGUAUGGUUGACAUGGCUAUCAGGGCCGACAUGGAGGGUAGAGAGGAGGCCCUGUUGGCCUACUUCAAGCUAGGGUAUAGUUGUGUGUCUAGCGUUCCACUGAAAAGGCCUUCUAUGAAAGAGGUGCUACAAGUUCUUGAAAAGAUCUCAUCCUCCUCUUCUUCUUCCUCAUAUUACUAUAGCGUCUAAAUCAUGAUUUGUCACAGGGUUUUUUGUAGAAAGAAGAACAAAAUAAUGUAUUUAUCAUUGACUAAUAGGUUUUGGUAUUUGAUUCAAUGUCGUGUGUUGUAAUGGUGCUCUCUGUAGUGUUAAUUCAUUGCUAAUUUUCAA